GGAACCUCAACGCGGAAAGUGAGUUGUUUCUCACAGAUGUUUAUCAAAUGUAAAAAUGUCUGGGUCUGGAAGAAUGCAGACUUGUCAUGCAGGUUUUCCAUGACCCAUGAGGUCUGGUAUGUAGGACAUAGCAUGACAGAUUCUGUGAGAGUUCUAUCAUGCCUAUCCUGCAUGAGAAACUGCCUCUCGACUAGGUCAAAAGUGGACAGCUUUUGGUAAUCAUGCAACACAGAUUUUUGAAUGAUUUAGAUUUAGCAUGACAAGUUAGAUUCUUCCAGACCCAGACAUUUUUGCAUUUGAUAAUGUUGAAGAAGCCUUCGACGAGCAUAUCUACGACGACAUUUCCGACGUCGAUGACAAAACGGGAAAACUCCCCGACUUAAACGCGCAACUGCUCCACACCAGCUGGAAGUUCCUGGUGACCUGUUGCAAGUUUUUCGCGAAUUACACCCUAGACCACGACAGUCUGAGGAUUCUCAACUACAUCACGAAACUCACCGCCUACCGGUUGGAAACGCGGUGGUACGAGCUGGAGAU